AUGGCAUCAAUCAAGAUGCGAGCCAUUUUACUCUUCGUUGCAUUGCUUGGUCUUGCAGCAGCUGAUGCUUCCGAGUGUACAGAAGUUCGGGCCCGGGUGCCAUGGACGAGUCUCACUACUGAUGAAAAGGCUGCGUACAUAAACGCUGAUCUCUGCUUGAUCAACUCGCCAACAAAGCUGAGAGUUCCUGGCGCCGUAACACGCUGGGACGACAUGCAGUGGCCGCAUGUGGCUCAAUCUGCCUCGGUUCACAAUGUCGGCGCGUUUUUGCCAUUCCACCGAUACUAUCUGACUGCGCACGAGCGCGUCAUUCGAGACGAGUGUGGAUAUACUGGUCGUAUGCCGUACUGGGAUGAGCUCGCCGAUGUCAAUGAUCUGUACAGGACAGACAUGUGGGAAGACCAAUACUUUGGCGGCAAUGGCACAGACGACGGCACCAGCCGCGUGGUUAAUGGCUCCUUUGCAAACUUGACAUUGCGAUGGCUGGCAGAUGGAACCUACUCUGAUCACUGGCUGACUCGUAUCAACAAUAAGAACUCCUUGCGGCUCACUAACCAAGCUCAUAUCAAUGUUUGCAAUGCCAAGCAGAACUACAGCACCGCUUGGGAUUGCUGGGGCCAAAACCCGCACCUUUCAGGUCACCAAGCUGUCGGUGGUAUUCUACUCGAUGGAACUCUAAGUCCCGGAGAUCCUUUUUUCUUCCUUCACCAUGCCUGGCUGGACAAGCUAUUCUGGGAGUGGCAAAAGAUGGAUCUGCCCGCUCGUUUGACCGACAUGGGCGGCCCAAACAUUCCGGCUUUUGGGGGAUCGCAACCUGGAGGCCCCGCCGGUCCCAAUGGGACAGGUGUUCCAAGUGCUCCAGGUGUGCCCGCAAACCCCAGCGGUAAUCUUCUCGGCGUUGGUCCCGAGUUCACCAAUUACUUUGGUGAUGAUGGGGGCAAUAUCACCACACUGAACCAUACCCUCUGGAUGGUCGACAUUCUUCCCAAUGUCACCAUUGCCGAUGUGAUGGAUCUCAAUGGUCCUGUGGUCUGCUCUGAAUACUAUGACGAGUAG